CGCCCGCAGCAGAGCUCGGAGCAGACGAACUCAGUCCCGCGCGCGAGCGUCAAACGCCGCGGCGGCCGCCUUGUGCGCGUGGAGAUGGGCGCUCGAGAGUGGGCUGCUGUAGCUGAGUGAGACAGCGCUGCGGAGUUAAGGAGCGGGAGGUGAGAGGAUGUAAGACCCCCCCAGCUCCAACAUGCAGAAGGGGAUGAGGCUGAACGAUGGACACGUCACGUAUCUCGCGCAUCUGGCGAAGAAGGACGGCACGAGGCGAGGCUUCCUGUGCAAGAAGAGCUCGGACAACACGAAAUGGCACGCCAAGUGGUUCUCGUUGUUGCAGAACAUGCUGUUUUAUUUCGAGAGCGACUCCAGCUCGCGCCCCUCGGGACUCUACCUGUUGGAGGGAUGCGUGUGCGAGCGCGCGCCGUCCCCCAAACCGCUUCUCUCUGCUAAAGAAUGUUUAGAGAAGCAGUAUUACUUCACUGUUACGUUCAACCACGAGAACCAGAAAACGUUGGAGCUGCGCACUGAAGACGUGAAAGACUGCGACGAGUGGGUGGCUGCCAUCACACAGGCCAGCUACAGGAACCUGGCUACAGAGCAUGAGACCCUCAUGCAGAAGUACCUUCAUCUACUCCAAAUAGUGGAGACGGAGAAAACGGUUGCCAAGCAACUUCGACAACAGAUAGAGGACGGGGAAAUCGAGAUAGAGCGGCUAAAAUUGGAGAUUUCUGGAAUCCUGAAGGAUAACGAGAAGAUCCAGUCAAACCCAGAGGUGCCGCCCAGCGACGACGACACGGAGAUCAAGAAGAUUAAGAAGGUCCAGAGUUUUUUGCGAGGCUGGAUCUGCCGCCGGAAGUGGAAGACCAUCAUCCAGGACUACAUCCGCUCGCCGCACGCUGAAAGCAUGAGGAAGAGGAACCAGGUGGUGUUCAGCAUGCUCGAGGCCGAGGCCGAGUACGUCCAGCAGCUCCACAUCUUGGUCAACAACUUCCUGCGGCCUCUUCGCAUGGCCGCCAGCUCCAAAAAACCCCCCAUCACCCACGAUGACGUCAGCAGCAUCUUCCUGAACAGUGAGACCAUCAUGUUCCUCCACCAGAUCUUCUAUCAGGGCCUGAAGGCCAGGAUAUCCAGCUGGCCGACACUGGUGCUGGCCGACCUCUUCGACAUCUUGCUGCCCAUGCUGAACAUCUACCAAGAGUUCGUGAGGAACCACCAGUACAGCCUGCAGAUCCUGGCCCACUGCAAACAGAACCGAGACUUUGAUAAACUACUGAAGCAGUACGAGGCCAAGCCCGACUGCGAGGAGAGGACACUGGAGACGUUCCUCACUUACCCCAUGUUUCAGAUCCCUCGGUACAUUCUGACGUUGCACGAGUUGCUGGCGCACACUCCUCACGAGCACGUGGAGAGGAACAGUUUGGACUAUGCCAAGUCAAAACUGGAGGAACUGUCCAGGAUCAUGCAUGAUGAGGUGAGUGAGACGGAGAACAUCAGGAAGAACCUGGCCAUUGAGCGCAUGAUUGUGGAGGGCUGUGAGGUGCUUCUUGACACGAGUCAGACGUUUGUACGGCAAGGCUCUCUGAUCCAGGUGCCGAUGAGCGAGAAAGGGAAAAUCACGAGAGGUCGACUGGGCUCUCUGUCUCUGAAGAAGGAGGGCGAGAGACAAUGUUUCCUUUUCUCCAAACAUCUCAUCAUUUGUACGCGAGGGUCGGGAGGAAAACUCCACCUCACUAAGAAUGGUGUGGUGUCACUCAUUGACUGCACCCUGAUGGAGGAGCCAGAGGGCACAGACGACGAGUCCAAAGUGGAGAGGAGCAGCCAGGACACGGAGCACCUGGACUUUAAGAUUAUUGUGGAGCCCAAAGAGGGUCAGCCUUACAACGUCAUACUUGUUGCUUCAUCCCGACAGGAAAAGUCAGCGUGGACGAGCGAUAUCAGUCAGUGCAUUGACAACAUCCGCUGCAACGGUCUGAUGAUGAACGCCUUCGUGGAAAACAGUAAAGUCACAGUCCCGCAGAUGAUUAAGUCCGACACCAGCUUGUACUGCGACGAUGUCGACAUCCGUUUCAGCAAGAUGAUGAACUCGUGCAAGGUGCUGCAGAUCCGCUACGCCAGCGUGGAGCGCCUGUUGGAGAGGCUGAUCGACCUGCGCUUCCUCUCCAUCGACUUCCUCAACACUUUCCUCCACUCGUACCGGGUCUUCACCAGUGCUGACGUGGUGCUCGACAAGCUCAUCACCAUCUACAAGAAGCCAAUCAGUGCCAUCCCCGCACGCUCCUUGGAGCUUUUCUUUGCCAGCAGUCAGAACAACAAACUUCUGUAUGGCGAGUCGCCCACGUCGCCACGUGCCAGCCGCAAGUUCUCCUCCCCUCCGCCCCUCUCCAUCACCAAGACGUCCUCGCCGAACCGCCGGCGUAAGCUCUCGCUCAACAUCCCCAUCAUCACAGGGGGAAAAGCUCUGGACCUAGCUGCACUCAGCUGCUCCCCCAAUGGCUAUGCAAGCAUGCACACCACCAUGUCACCCUUCGGUAAGACCACGCUCGACAUCAACAAGCUCUACGUGUCCAGCACCAUGGCCAGCAAGAUCCCUGAUGAGGAGGAGCCCAAAGCUGAGAGCAAAGCUGAGGAGUCUGUCCUCAACAAACAAGAUCUGUCUGUGAGAGAGGAAGGCGACGAAGACCCAAGUCAGAGUGAUGAAGCAGAAGCAGAAAUGUCUCCCCCCAAAUCACCAUCAACACCCAAAAACAUCAAGUCAAAAAACUCUGAGUUCUCCCUGUUUUCCUUCAACAACGGAAUGGUGGUGUCCUCUUGCCGGGAGCUUGACAAUAACCGCAGUGCCCUUUCUGCUGCCUCGGCCUUCGCCAUCGCUACGGCUGGUGCCAACGAAGGCACACCGACCAAGGAGAAGUACCGCCGUAUGUCCCUCGCCAGCACCGGUUUUCCUACGGACCAGAGGAAUGGGGACAAAGAGUUUAUCAUCCGACGAGCUGCUACCAACAGAGUUCUGAAUGUGCUGCGUCACUGGGUCUCCAAGCACUCGCAGGACUUUGAGCAGAACACAGAACUGAAGAUGCGGGUAAUUAGUUUCCUGGAGGAGGUGAUGCAUGACCCGGAGCUCCUGACACAGGAAAGAAAGGCAGCUGCCAACAUUAUUAGGACUCUCACUCAGGAGGAUCCAGGAGACGGCCAGGCCACCAUUGAAGGGAUCACUCAGAUGGCGAUGGAAGAAAGUAAGACUGAACCGUUUGAGAACCACUCAGCUUUGGAGAUUGCCGAGCAGCUCACGCUGCUGGACCACCUGGUCUUCAGAGUCAUCCCAUACGAGGAGUUUUUUGGUCAAGGUUGGAUGAAGAACGACAAGAACGAGAGAACCCCGUACAUCAUGAAAACCACCAAGCACUUCAACGAUAUCAGUAACAGGAUCGCCUCGGAGAUCCUUCACUGGGACGACGUGAACCUGCGUGUGGCGGUGAUAGAGAAGUGGGUGGCGGUGGCAGACAUCUGCCGCUGCCUCCACAACUACAACGCCGUGCUGGAGAUCACAUCCUCGCUCAACCGCAGCUCCAUCUUCCGCCUCAAGAGGACCUGGCUCAAAGUUUCCAAGCAGACAAAGACUGUGAUUGAUAAGCUACAGAAGCUGGUGUCAUCAGAGGGUCGAUUCAAAAACUUGAGAGAAGCUCUGAAGAACUGUGACCCUCCCUGUGUCCCCUACCUGGGGAUGUAUCUGACGGACUUGGCCUUCAUCGAGGAGGGAACUCCGAACUACACCGAGGACAACCUGGUCAACUUCUCUAAGAUGAGAAUGAUAUCUCAUAUUAUCAGAGAGAUCCGACAGUUUCAGCAAACAUCUUACAAGAUAGACUUUCAGCCGAAGGCGGCAAAGUACCUGCUGGACCUCAGUACAGUUCUGGAUGAGGAGAGCCUGUAUGAAGCAUCUCUGAGAAUCGAGCCCAAAACUUCAUCAUGAAGAGGAUCUCUGUCACUUUAAAACAAGAUGUCCACAUGUACAUUAUCUGUAAUAGACAUGGUGGACUACGCCCUCUCCAACGGAUGCUUUGUGUAUAAUUAUUAUUAACUGAGUAGAAGCCCAGAGAGGUUUUAUUUCUAUAGAUAUAGAAUAUUUAUGUGUCAUUUAUUGUCUAAAAAGCUAUUCUGUGAUUUAUUUAUUUAUUUUAAGCUACAAAACAAACAACGAAGAGCGUUUAUAGAGUCAAAUAUUUAGUUUUUUUUUUCUAAAUUAAAACAAUGAAAAAGCUCUCAGUCAUGAGAGAUGAUGCAGGAUCAACUGCUGAGGUCCAGGAUCGUUCAGGUCCGUUGAUAUGGGGUUCUGUGGAGAGUUUAUAAGUAAUUAUUAUCUUACCUGUUGUAGACAGAGUUUUAAAUAACUUCAGUUCGGAGAAAUGGAGUUUAAUUUUGACUUGAUUAAUGAGCUAACGGGACAAAGAAACAAGUGAAUGGCUGCCUUCCUAAAACAACUCUGAUCUCAAUAAAAUCAUAGCAGUUCAUGUGAAUAUGACUUUGUAAACUUUACAUUCCCAUCAGUUUCAUUUUACAUGGCUACUCCUGCAGAAAUAUGAUGUUUCUGCUGGAAGUGGUACAGAAAGCUGCUGCUGCUAUUUGAACUAGCAAAAAUCCCUGUGCAUUAUAUGUGACCGCCUGCGUACUGAAACAAUAACCGUGAAACUGAACACGUUGUAAAGGUUUAUAAAACCUUGUCUUAAACAGCUAUAAAAAUUAUAGAUUAGAGUUGUUUUGGUUGGCUUGACCCCGCUCUAGCUAACUGUGAGCUCAUCAGUUUAAUCUGAACUAGAGAAAUUGCAUUUCCUGCAAAAAAGCAGUGUGGAUGCUUAUUGCUGAAGAAAUUGCAGAAAAACAGCUGAAAGUAGCUAAAACAAAUCUGAAUUGUAGCUGAAAUGGAAGAGCAAGCCUAAAAUGGCAGAAGAUGGAAGAAAGAACACAUAUUUGAUGAGUGAGGGUUAAAUAAGCAGAAAUUAGUACAAAAAUUGGGAAACAAGCUAAAACUGCUGAAAUGAGCAAAAAACAGCUGAAAGUAGCUGAAAAGUCAGAAAUAACCUUAACCUACUAGAAGGAAGCAGAAAGAGUUGAAAUUAGCUAAAAAAAAAAAAAGUGGA